AUGAUGUCCAAGAGUCUGAUCAUUUGUGAUGUUGACCAGCCCGGACCAAAUUUAAAAUAUGUGAUGUUGAAAAAAGGCAAGAAGAUUUUGUUCAGGGAGUGUGCCCAGUGCCACACUGAGGCAAAUAUCACUGGACCAAACCUCCAUGGUCUGUUUGGGCAAAAGACAAAUGCCAGGCUGCUGGAUUCUCUUCACACAGAUGCCAACAAGAACAAGGGCAAGAGAGAGGAUGCCCUGAUCGAGUAUUUGGAAAAUCCAAAAAGUACAUCCUGGGACAAAAUGAUCUUUGCUGGAAUUAAGAAGAAGGGGAGAAAGGGCAGACCUGUAGCUUAUCUUAAAAAGGCUACUGAUGAGUAA